AUUAAUAUUGCAGUAGCAGAGUAUUCGUUCACUGAGUUUGUUUGCGAUGGUACGGGUGUUUCCCCCGUUCACCUAACCGGUAACGGGGCACCUGCCGGGGUUUCUUUUUGGCACAUGCCGAUCGACGCUGACUUCGAGAGAAUCGCGCGUCAUUGCGUCAUCAUCAAUCAGAGAAGCUAAUAAUGUAAACACGCUCAAUGCCUGUGAGCCUGCUAAAGUUGCUCGGCUGGUUUUUAAGUGCGAACAUGUGCGCGAUUAAUAGAAACAGAAGCCCGAAUCGAGCCAUCCACAAUGUUGUUGCACUUUGGCACAUCCACACGAUCUACACUCCACCAACGCCAAUGAACUUGAACAAGGUGCUUGGCGAUCAGUUAGCUGACAAGCUUGCCGCUCAACAGCCGUAUUAAACGCAUUAUCCAAAGAAAGCCUUUGGAAAAGCACAUUUGGAAAAUGGCAGGCAGUCGGAAAAGAUUCGCAUCGCUUACGUUUUUGUUGCUCGUGCUGCUGCCGUUUGGCACAGUUUGCAAUCCCGCCCGACGCCUCCAGUUACAACGCUCUAUAACUUAUCCCAAGGAAAACUACGAUGAUUGCUUUCUGGAUAAGGAGCACAGUUUGCCGGGCAAAUGCAAAAGGAUGCAGGAUUGUCCUACAGCGCUGGAGCGUUGGAGAAAGGAUAAACUGGAACCCAAAACGUGCCACUUUAUUAAAUUCGAUCAUUAUGUUUGUUGUCAGCAGGAACUGACCACAACGGAAUCUCCAAAACCCACACCUAACCUGCCAAUUGUGGAAGCAACGACUCCGGAUUUCAGGGAUUUCCACUUAAUUCCCAACAAUAAGCGACCCAGCUUAUUAGCUUGUUAUAUGCACUAUAAUGCUGUGCCAAUCAAUUCAAGGGAAAUCACCUUUGCUACCGCUGUAUAUGGCGGAAGUCCAACGAACUACCGUGAGUUCCCCUACAUGGCUGCCCUCGGCUGGCGUUCAAACUUCGACGAAAGUAUUUUCUAUCGCUGCGGCGGCGCUCUUUUAUCAAAUAAUUUUGUACUAACGGCUGCUCACUGCAUCGACUUUGGAGGUGAAUUGCCCGCUACAGUGCGUCUGGGAGGAGAUAAUUUGACACUCAACAACGGCGAAGAUUUCAAGAUCAAGCGCGUGAUCAUACAUCCCGACUACAGCCACGGUUCUUCCUACAAUGACAUCGCCUUGUUGGAGCUGGACACAAUCCAUCCGCCUAAACUAAUACCCGCCUGUGUUUGGUCCAACCCCGAACUGGCCACCGAUCAAUUAACUGCCAUUGGCUACGGACAGACACGAUUUGCCGGUGUGUCCUCAGCACAACUCCUGAAGGUGCCGCUGAACUUUGUCAGCAAAGCCGAAUGUGAGCCGCACUAUCAAAAGGAUUUGCUGCCCAAAGGAGUGGCCGAAACCCAUUUGUGUGCCGGUGAUCCCGCCAAUGCGCAUGAUACUUGUCAGGGUGACUCGGGGGGACCGUUACUAAUGGAUCAUGGGCCCUUUAAGUAUGUUGUGGGCAUCACAUCCUUGGGUCAUGGUUGCGCCAGCGGUCCGCCAAGCAUAUAUACGCGCGUCUCAUCCUAUGUGGACUGGAUUGAAAGUUAUGUGUGGCCCGCGUCAGCGGAGAUAAAGGAAACGACACCAGUUGAUGUUGAUCUAAAGUUUGCUUUGCGCACCGAAACCUAGCAAUUUGGUUGUACAUAGGAUAUUAUUACGACUAUUUAAACAAUAAUAUCUAGUUAAUUAGCAAUUAAAAUCCAUUUUGUACAUAUCCAUUAAAGCAGCGUUUGUAAAAUUAUUGAAUAAAUAUUUUAAGCUUAA